UGAGAUUUCAGUGAAAUACUGUAGGCGCGGGAGUUUACGUUUUCACCCACCGUUCUUUUUUCAGUUUGGUUUGUAGCAUUGUAAAUGAAUUUGCAUGUUACAGACACAAAACAAGAAAAGUAAAAGCUGCGGAUAAAAUGGAGUCUAAAGCAGUUAUCAACGCCGUACCGCCAUACGGAUAUGUAAUAGCGAAUGAAAAGUGGAGAGACUCAGUGCUUGUACAAGGCUUCAAAGGAAGCAUAAAGAUAAUUUUUGAAGAACAUCUCGGCGUGGUCGACUUUCAUCUUUCAGACAAGAGCUGCAUCCUCUAUGUGUCGGAAAGUGACAUAGUUGCCGGCAAUGCUUACAGACGGAAGAUUGUUCGCUUCAGAAAUGCUAACAGCGGCCUUCAAGGGAUUGUUGUUGUUGAGAAGACGCGCCUCAGUGAACAAUACUUCUUCCCGCUACAGAAGUUUGUGGUGCUGGAGUUGGGACUGAAUCUCCUGCCUGUUUUAAACGCAGCAGAGGCCUCUCAACUCAUUGUCCAGCUGGUCCACGCGGAAAGCAAGGACAACCCUUUCCGCAGGAAGAGCAUCUCCAGGCUAUUGGACCCUGUGAUUUUGGCUAUGGUCCAGGAGAUCCCUGGAGUGGGGAGGGUGAAGGCCCUAGCCCUGCUGAAGCAAUACUGCUCCAUCCAGCUCAUAUGCCAGGCCUCAAUCAGCGAGCUCGAGCCCAUAGUUGGACAGGCCACUGCUAAAAACAUUUGGGGUUUCUUCCACAAGCCGCUAGUCUGACACACACACACACACACACACACACACACACACACACACACACACACACACACACACUCACAUAUUUUACAAUGGUGACACAUACAGGAAAGACACACACACACACACACAUUCACAUUCACCUACAACUUUUGUCACUUAUCCCAUGGUCCCACUAUAUUUUACACACACACACACACACACACACACACACACACACACACACACACACACACACACAGUUCGACAUUCAAGCUGCUUACAUGUUUCACAGCAAAAUGUCCUCCAUUUACAAUUUGAAGAUUUGUUUCUAUUUGACAGAUUUGUUUCUGUUAUGUAUUGCCUUGUUUGACUGUCAAGUCAAAGUAUGUAUACAUUUUAUAGUUGACUCCAUUGCUGUGCAAUGCUUAUUAAAAUCUCUUAAGUUCGUGAUAUGAGUGAAAACCCAA